CCCUCCUCCAAAACCCAACAUUCCCUCAUCUUCUUCUCUGGUUUUCCUUGUUGUUUUAGUUUCAGACUCUCAGUGCAGUCAUGGAUGUAACUACUGAUAGAGCAUACGUCACUUUCUUAGCUGGAAAUGGCGACUAUGUGAAGGGAGUGGUGGGGUUGGCAAAGGGUCUGAGGAAGGUCCGGAGCCUGUACCCACUAGUGGUGCCUGUUCUGCCUGAUGUGCCGGAGGAGCACCGCCAGAUUCUGAAGUCACAAGGGUGUAUUGUGAGGGAGAUUGAGCCUGUGUACCCGCCGGAGAACCAGACCCAGUUUUCCAUGGCUUAUUACGUCAUCAACUACUCAAAGCUUCGUAUUUGGGAAUUCGUGGAGUACAGCAAGAUGAUAUACUUGGAUGGAGACAUACAAGUAUUCGAAAACAUCGACCACCUCUUUGACUCACAAGACGGCCAUUUCUAUGCUGUGAAGGACUGUUUUUGUGAGCAGACAUGGAGUCAUUCCACCCAGUACAAAAUUGGCUACUGUCAGCAGUGCCCGAACAAGGUGGAGUGGAAGGCCGAGCUCGGCCCUCCACCGCCGCUCUACUUCAACGCCGGCAUGUUCGUCUUCGAGCCCAGUCUCUCUACCUACUCUAAUCUCCUCGACACUCUCAAAGUCACCCCUCCUACUUCAUUUGCCGAGCAGGACUUUCUGAACAUGUUUUUCAGAGACGUCUACGUUCCAAUCCCUUCUGAAUACAACCUUGUGUUGGCCAUGCUGUGGCGGCACCCCGAAAAUGUGGACCUCACCAAAGCCAAAGUGGUUCACUAUUGUGCGGCGGGAUCGAAGCCGUGGAGGUUCACAGGGAAGGAGGAGAACAUGGACAGAGAAGAUAUAAAGGAGUUGGUGAGGAAAUGGUGGGAAAUAUAUGAAGAUGAGACAUUGGAUUAUAAGACAAGCUUGAAGGAUCAUGACGAGAAGUCAAGCCAGGAUGCGCUUCUUACCGCAAUGUGUGAAGCUGGGCUUGUGCCCAUCAGGCCCGCUCCUCGAGCUGCAUAGAUGCGGGCAUGCAUGGCUGGUGGCUAUAUAUAGAAAUAUUUAUGCAAUCUGUUUAUGUGAGCAGUUUGUUGUUGGGAUUUGAGUGAUCUAUGCUUCCAUGAAGCUUUCUAUCUAAUCUACUACCUGUUAACUGUUAUGUAAUUUUUACAUGGCAAAUAAAUAAAUGUGGAUCCUAUUUCAAUAGGAAUUUAAUAACUCAAUCCACCAAUA